AUGCACAGCGCCAUUGGCUGGAACCCCGGUGUCCUUUCAAAACCUCAGCGCCCAUUGGCUCGCGUGCCCUCGCCCGGAGGCGUCGCGGCCCGCGCCCGCACCAGAGCUGCGCGUGCGCAGACUGAGCGAGCGCGGCUCCGCCCGCGACGCAGCCUUCGCCGACCCCACAGGCGGCUCUCGGCUUACCCCACCGUCGCCUCGGCCGGCUGCGGGCGGCGGCGCCGCGAAGGCCGCGAGCGGAAGGGGGCGGGGGCGGCGCCGUGGUGCCCCUGGAGGUCGUGCUGCUGCGCAAGGUGGGCGCGGCCGGAGGUGCGCGCGGCGUGAUCCGACUGCUGGACUGGUUCGAGCGGCCCGACGGCUUCCUGCUGGUGCUGGAGCGGCCCGAGCCCGCGCAGGACCUCUUCGACUUCAUCACGGAGCGCGGCGCCCUGGACGAGCCCCUGGCGCGGCGCUUCUUCGCACAGGUGCUGGCCGCGGUGCGCCACUGCCACGGCUGCGGGGUGGUGCACCGCGACAUCAAGGACGAGAACCUGCUGGUGGACCUGCGCGCGGGCGAGCUCAAGCUCAUCGACUUCGGCUCGGGCGCGCUGCUCAAGGACACGGUCUACACGGACUUCGACGGCACCCGGGUGUACAGUCCCCCCGAGUGGAUCCGCUACCACCGCUACCACGGACGUUCGGCCACCGUGUGGUCCCUGGGAGUGCUCCUCUACGACAUGGUGUGCGGCGACAUCCCCUUCGAGCAGGAUGAGGAGAUCCUGCGCGGCCGCCUGUUCUUCCGGAGGAGAGUCUCCCCAGAGUGCCAGCAGCUCAUUGAGUGGUGUCUGUCCCUGCGGCCUUCGGAACGGCCCUCCCUGGACCAGAUCGCCGCCCACCCCUGGAUGCUGGGGGCAGAGGGGGGCGCCCCUGAGAGCUGCGACCUAAGGCUUUGUGCCCUGCACGCGGAGGACGGGGCCAGCACCACGUCCAGCAGCGAGAGCUUGUGAGCAGGGACCGCGCUCCCUGGGAGUACUGACUUCUGCCGCCUGACUCCUCGUGCAAAGCGGUGACCUCUGACCCCUGGUGACCUCUGCCCUUGGCACCGGGCCUGUUUCCUUUGCUUUGAGUGCCUUUUUGAACGCUGCUCCACAGGACUGGGUCUGUCCAAAGAUGGCUCCGGGCAAAGCGAGGUCCCACCUGCGUAGGGUGGACACUUGGACUAAAGACCCCUGCAGUGCUGCUGGGCCCAGGAGGCAGCCUUCCCGUGUGACCGCGGCUGGCCUGGAGCACCGGUUGUGGGCACAGGGUCCCCAUGCCCACCUCCCACCUUCUCACGGUGUCCUCCGGGCAUGCCCACGCACAAGCAAUGCAAGUCGGGCCUCUGCCGCCCACGCCUCAAGAGCUAUGUCCUCACGCUAGCGUCUUAUUUAUGGUGUGAUUCCUGCGGGCGCUUGCCUGCUGGGGCUAUUUAUUGUUUAAUUUAUUUGUUGAGGUUACUUCCUCCAGCAGCCCUGCCUCAGGCCCCUGGUGGCUGAGGAGAGGAGAGGGGGCUGUUUGUGCCCGCCUUCAUCCCUGCCCUGGAGCAGGUCCCCUGCCCCACCUCCGUGGGAGGAAGAAUUGUACAGUGGCUAAUUUAAGGGGAGUGGGUGAUCCCACCCUGGGCGAUCUGCGCUGGGGUGGGUUUUAAAUUAUUGACCGUGUACAGUCUGCUUGCUGGCUCUGAAACUUGGGGGUGGAGGACAGAGUCUCAAGCCCUUAAUUUAUUUUAGCAGCCCUGUUUCUGUGACCCGGGUGUGACUAGGCAUCGGGACCGGGGGGGUUCUUUCAGUUCAAAAGUGUGAGAUGUCUGGAGAUCAUAUUUUUUAUACAGGUAUUUCAAUUAAACUUUUUUUGUAUAUAA